CAGGCCCGGGACCCGCGAGCUUUAAAAGGUGGUGUGCGCAGCCGCAGCCCCCGCACGCCGGUCUGCAUCCUCGGGUGCCGUGAGCCGUAAAGAUGGGGCUGCUGACGGGUCGCCGGGUGCAGGCUCUGGCAGUGGAGUGUGUACAACGCGCAAGGAAGGCGAUCUAGGGAUUGUCCCUUUCCGGUGGCCCUGGGAAGGAAGGUCUUUAACACUGUCGCUCAGGGGUGCUGAGGAUGUCGGCGGGUGUUGCCAAAGUGUAGGUUUGGAGAUUUAGACUCUUGACGGAAAGCAAAAUAAGAAAAACGUAAGACGCGGCAGGGUCUUCGCGGGGAUGCUGGUAGGUGAAGAAUUAGUGUGCCUCUCAGUGGCGAAUGGACACUGAUCUUAGGCAAGGCCUUCUGUCCUCAGCCCGCCUCCCCUUUCGACGGCUGUGCCAUCCUAUCCUCUGGAGCAAGUUCAAGCUUUUUAUUCAUUUCCAUUUCAACACAUGAUGGCUGAAGCUCCUAAUAUGGCGGUCACGACUGAAGUGCAGAUGCCCGCAGAAGCCUCUGCCCAGGAACCUGUACCAGAGGCUCCAAACAGAAGAAAAAGAAAAGCCAGAGCAUCAGAACCCAAGGACCCAGUGGAACCCAAAAAACCUGCCCGGCCGAAAAAGUCUGGCAAGUCAGCAACGUCAAAAGAAAAACAAGAAAAAAUUACGGACGCCUUUAAAGUGAAAAGAAAAGUGGACCGUUUCAACGGUGUUUCUGAAGCUGAGCUUUUGACCAAGACCCUUCCUGAUAUUUUGACCUUCAAUCUGGACAUUGUGAUUAUUGGCAUUAACCCAGGAUUAAUGGCUGCUUACAAAGGGCAUCAUUACCCUGGACCUGGAAAUCAUUUCUGGAAGUGUCUGUUCAUGUCAGGACUGAGUGAGGUUCAGUUGAAUCACAUGGAUGACCACACCUUACCUGGGAAGUACGGCAUUGGCUUCACCAACAUGGUGGAACGGACGACGCCGGGCAGCAAGGAUCUGUCCAGUAAAGAAUUCCGGGAAGGCGGGAGAAUUCUAGUGCAGAAACUGCAGAAAUAUCAGCCACGAAUAGCGGUGUUCAAUGGAAAAUGUAUUUACGAAAUUUUCAGUAAAGAAGUUUUUGGAGUAAAGGUUAAGAACUUGGAAUUUGGGCUUCAGCCCCACAAGAUCCCAGACACAGAGACUCUCUGCUACGUCAUGCCGUCCUCCAGUGCCAGGUGUGCUCAGUUUCCCCGCGCCCAGGACAAGGUUCACUACUACAUCAAGCUGAAGGACCUAAGAGACCAGCUGAAAGGCAUUGAGCGGAACACAGACGUGCAGGAGGUGCAGUACACGUUUGACCUACAGCUCGCACAAGAGGAUGCAAAGAAGAUGGCUGUCAAGGAAGAAAAGUAUGACCCCGGCUAUGAAGCAGCGUAUGGCAGUGCGUACAGUGAGAACCCACGUCAGAGUGAGCCUUGCAGCUUUGCCUCAAACGGGCUAGCAGCCCACAGUGCGGAGCUGAGAGGAGAAGCAGCUCCUGGUGGCGCUCCAGACGGGCAGUGGGUAGCACAGCCGUUUGCAGACCAGAUCCCGGCCCUUGAUAACUGUGGGACCCGGGAGCAGGAAGAAGGAAGCCAUGCUUGAUGACGGUCCUCUGAGCUCUGCCUCAGCGCUGCAGUUUUAAUGCGGCUGUGAGGCCCCAGAGUCUUCCGUUUCCUAAGUCGGUAGUGCUAGUACUUUACACUAGUGGUGUGACUGUAUAUGGAGCAGUUGUGUGUAGAGUCAACUGCAUGAACCUGUGUAGGUGAAAGGAAAAAUAGGGUGUUUUCUACCUGAGUUUUGUAUUUUAAUUACCCAUCAUUCCAGCUUUUUAUAUAUUAGAUUUCAUUUAUGAAGAAACUGGUUUUCUUUAGGGAGUCACCUUGAUGUAAUUUUAAGACGCAACAGUCUGAAUAUUUAUAGUUGAUUCUUGACUGUGCAUAUCUAUAUAUGCCGUUAUCCCUUUUAUAACCAAUCCUCAGAAGGGCAUGCUAGUAAGAAUCAAACUGGCAGAUACACCGAUUUCCAUGUAAAAAGCUAACCAACCCUCAUUGGAGUCUGGUUAGUUUUGGAAAUUGGGGGUAAACUCAGAAUUCUCUGGGUUGUAGUCACACUCUCCAAAUGGUGUGUAUAGCAGUUGCUUAGUAACAGAAACAGGGUGUGGCCUGAGCCCUGCCUUUGACCCCCCACUCCUGUGUGUUGGGCCUCUCAGAAGCAGACACUGCUUUGCUGAACUGAAGGUUCCUGAGAAUGCAGUAGACCUUUUAUAGUUUGCCAAUCGUGUGUUUUAUUGAAUUUCCCCCUCAGUGUUUGUCACUGUUCUAAUUUUAUCCUUGACAUGGGAAGUGGUAAGAAAUGAACUUUCAGGGUGAGCAUCAUGAUGCUGGAGGUAUUUGACAAUUCUGUUUUAAAAUGGUGCUGCGUGUACAGGGGUCUUACUAAGAUAACACAGAAUUUUUCUUGCUAGUUAAAACUAACUAGUCAAUAAUUUAAAAAUUAUUGUCACUAUUGUUUGUUACUGUAGACUAAGUGAACCUCAUGAAAAGGUUGGCUGGAAUUUGUACCUUUGUGGUUUCUAAUGCAUUUUCCAUGGUGCUACAAAUAGCCCAGCCUAGUAGGGCUGUGGGAUAUUAAAACUGGGUAUUCAGAAAUACGUAUUGCAUUCACUCCUCAUCACUCAUGAAUGUUCUGACAUGGCGAAUACCCAAGGAGCAUGCUGGUUUUGCAGUAUGAAAUGUCCGCGAGGUUUUUAUAUUCCACAGAGGUUAUGUGGCCUGUUCUUCUGUGAAUAACAAGAGAAGCAGCUUCUUGUGAAUCUUAACAUGCCGCUUGGCUGUGGGGUGAUAGGGCUUAUUUUCCUGAGUCUCAGCCAGGCUAUGUGUGUGAGUCAUGCUGUUUUAAGGUGUACUGCACUGCUGUUUACAUGGACAUUUUGUGGGGUGCUCUGAAGUGCCUUGCAUCAGGGACUAGGAUCGAGUGAAUUAUUUUUUCAUAGGACCGUGUAAAGCAUGUAACUAGGUGUUGCUUUGGUAUAUGGCUAUUAUAGCUUUACCAUAGAUUUCCUUGAAUAGAGAAAUACUUUAAAUUAUGACACUCUGGAGACAGGUAUGAGGGUCUUCCGAGUUUAGUCCCAGUACUUUUCCCUGAACAGGGCAAAUAGCAGUAAUGUGUCCUGCACGUGACAGGAUGGGAUUUUUUUUUUCAUUAAAUAACACUGAGAUUUUAAAUUCAUAUGGAAGUCUGGGUGGUUUUUACAAUAAACAUUAAGAAUGACUAUA